ACUAGCAUAGCAGGCGGUGGCGGCACUGGCACUGCAGUGCUCCCGACGUACACAAAUAAAAACAAAAGUUUAUGCCGAACCUGCGUGUGCAAAGAAUAAAUUAAAAGCAUAUAUGUGUUUUUAUUUUUUAUUUUGACAUCACAGAGUCGCUUCAGGCACACGCAGAAUAUAUACUUAGAUAGAUUUCAGUUAACGUAUUACUAGUUAUUUGGUCUAUGUAACAUUAGCUAGCUGACUUUGCUACGCUGAGCUGCUAAUGAAUCGUAACGUUACUUAACAUUAGGCUUCAGCUCAUACAGCAAGCUGGAUAAAACCCGAGCCUACAAUAUCUGAAGUCAGGUCCCGAAAGGAUGUCGGACUCCGACAGUGACGACGAGCAAGGUCGCCCUUUCUCUCUAACUGGCUUCCUCUUUGGAAACAUCAACGAGGAUGGACAGCUAGAGGAUGACAGCGUUCUGGACAAUGAGUCCAAAAAGCAUUUGGCUGGUUUGGGUACUCUGGGUCUGGGCUCACUCAUCACAGAGAUCACUGCCAAUGAGGAGGAAGACCAAGAGGAAGGCAGAGACUCUGGUAGUGUUGAUGCAGCAGGUUGGGUGAAAAGUACUGAUGAUGCAGUUGAUUAUUCUGACAUCAGUGAGGUCGCUGAGGAUGAGACAAAGAAGUAUCGGCAGGCCAUGGGGUCUCUGCAGCCCAGCAGGAAAACAGAUGAUGAGGAUGACUACGAUGCAGACUGCGAGGACAUUGAUUCCAAGCUCAUGCCUCCUCCACCACCACCAACUCUUCCAACAUCUGCUAAGAAAGAUGAACCCUCCCCUCAGAACACAAAUGUUGGAGAAGAGGGUGAUGGCAUCAUCCUUCCCUCCAUCAUUGCGCCAUCCUCUACUGCUGAUAAGGUUGACUUUAGCAGCUCCUCAGACUCUGAGUCAGAAACUGACCGUCCCUGUCAGGGCAUGGGGGCUGGAGGAAAACCAGAUAGUCUCACCCUCCCUCUUGCUGGCAUCAUGCAGAAAGAUGCUGCCAAAGCACUGCCAGGUGUCACAGAGCUUUUCCCAGAGUUCAGGCCUGGAAAGGUGCUUAGGUUCUUACGGCUGUUCGGUCCUGGAAAGAACAUGCCAUCAGUUUGGAGGAGCGCCCGCAGGAAGAAGAAGCGGAAGCACCGAGACCCUCAGCCGGGGACCCCUCCUCCAGAAGGAGAACCCACCGAGCAGAGUCAGGAGAAGACAUCUGGAUGGAUUUACGAGUACGCCCCCCCUCCACCCCCGGAGCAGUGUCUCUCUGAUGAUGAGAUAACCAUGAUGGCUCCAGUAGAAUCAAAGUUCUCGCAGACUUGUGGUGAUGGAGACAAGGAGGCCGAGUCUCGACCUAAAGUAGCAGAAUGGAGAUACGGUCCAGCCCAGCUGUGGUACGAUAUGCUCGGCGUCUCUGAGGAUGGAAGCAACUUCAACUACGGGUUCAAGCUAAAAGAAAAGCAGUCCAGUGAGCCUGAGAAGCAAGACGCACCUCAAGAAAUAAUAGAGCCUGUCCCAGAGAUUAUAAUGCAAGACAGCAAUGAUGGAGACAACAGUGAUAAUGAUGAAGAAGAUGGAGAUGCCGAUAAGAAGAAACACGCCCUUGAGAAUGAGCUCUUCCUGAUGGUCACUCAACUGCAAUGGGAGGACGAUAUUAUCUGGAAUGGGGAGGAUAUAAAACACAAGGGCACCAAGACUCAGCGAGCCAGUUUGGCAGGGUGGCUGCCUUCUAGCAUGACCCGCAAUGCCAAUGCAUAUAAUGCACAACAGGGUCUGACAAGAAGUAAUUCCCAGUUGGUGCCACCGACGCCUCCACCCAUGCCCAAAGUUUCUUCAAUCUCUGGCUCUAAACGAGAAAAAAAUAGCCAUGAUAGUCAAGCCUCUCAUGAAGAAGACUCUCCCUGGUUCUCCAUCUUCCCCAUCGACAAUGAGGAGCUGGUGUACGGUCGCUGGGAAGAUAACAUUAUCUGGGAUGACCAGGAGAUGGAUCACCUGCUCAUGCCACCUGUUCUCACACUGGAUCCAAAUGAUGAAAAUAUUAUCCUAGAGAUUCCCAAUGAAAAGGAGGAGAUGACGUCGCACUCCCCAUCAAAGGAGAACAAGAAGGAAACGGCAAUCAAAAAGAGUCGAAUCCUGCUGGGCAAAACCGGAGUCAUUAAAGACGAGCCACAGCAGAACAUGUCCCAGCCUGAAGUGAAGGACCCCUGGAACCUCUCCAAUGAUGAAUUCUACUAUCCUAAACAGCAGGGCCUGAGGGGGACCUUCGGUGGCAACAUCAUUCAGCACUCCAUCCCGGCGCUGGAGCUGAGGCAGCCCUUCUUCCCCACUCACAUGGGACCCAUGAAGCUGCGGCAAUUUCAUCGACCGACUCUGAAGAAGUACUCGUUUGGAGCUUUGGCUCAGCCCGGUCCCCAUCCUGUCCAGCCGCUGCUCAAACACAUAAAGAAGAAGGCCAAGAUGCGCGAGCAGGAGCGGCAGGCGUCAGGAGGUGGAGACAUGUUCUUCAUGCGAACUCCACAGGACUUGACAGGCAAAGAUGGAGAUCUGAUCCUGGCUGAGUACAGUGAAGAAUAUGCUCCUCUCAUCAUGCAAGUCGGCAUGGCCACCAAGAUAAAAAACUACUACAAAAGGAAACCUGGAAAGGAUCCUGGAGCACCCGACUGUAAAUAUGGAGAGACUGUGUACUGCCACACAUCCCCGUUCCUGGGUUCUCUGCAUCCUGGACAGCUGCUCCAGGCUUUUGAAAACAAUCUUUUCCGCGCUCCAAUCUACCUGCACAAGAUGCCAGAAACUGAUUUCUUGGUCCUGCGAACGCGACACGGCUACUACAUACGAGAGCUUGUGGACAUUAUCGUAGUUGGUCAGGAGUGCCCGUUGUAUGAGGUUCCAGGUCCCAACUCCAAACGAGCAAACACUCACAUCCGAGACUUCCUACAGGUGUUCAUCUACCGCUUGUUCUGGAAGAGCAAAGAUCGGCCCCGGAGGAUCCGCAUGGAAGAUAUAAAGAAAGCGUUCCCCUCUCAUUCAGAGAGCAGCAUCAGGAAACGACUAAAACUCUGUGCUGACUUCAAACGUACAGGGAUGGACUCUAACUGGUGGGUGCUGAAGCCUGACUUCAGAUUGCCUACAGAGGAGGAGAUCAGGGCCAUGGUCUCUCCGGAGCAGUGCUGCGCUUACUAUAGCAUGCUGGUGGCAGAGCAGAGGCUCAAGGAUGCUGGAUACGGGGAGAAAUCCUUCUUUGCUCCAGAGGAAGAGAACGAGGAGGACUUUCAAAUGAAGAUUGAUGACGAGGUGCGGACAGCUCCGUGGAACACAACAAGGGCCUUCAUUUCUGCCAUGAAGGGGAAGUGCCUGUUGGAGGUCACAGGUGUGGCUGACCCUACAGGCUGUGGAGAGGGUUUCUCUUAUGUCAAAGUGCCGAACAAGCCCACUCAACAAAAGGAUGACAAAGAGCCACAGCCUGCCAAGAAGACAGUGACGGGAACAGACGCUGACCUGAGGAGACUCUCGCUGAAGAAUGCCAAGCAGCUGCUGCGCAAGUUUGGUGUUCCAGAGGAAGAGAUCAAGAAGCUCUCACGUUGGGAGGUGAUUGAUGUGGUGAGAACCAUGUCCACAGAGCAGGCGCGUUCAGGUGAGGGACCCAUGAGCAAGUUCGCCAGAGGCUCUCGUUUCUCUGUUGCCGAACACCAGGAGCGCUACAAAGAGGAAUGCCAGAGGAUCUUUGACCUGCAGAACAAAGUGUUGGAGUCGACGGAGGUGCUCUCCACAGACACUGACAGCAGCUCAGCAGAGGACAGCGACUUCGAGGAGAUGGGGAAGAAUAUUGAGAACAUGCUGCAGAACAAGAAGACCAGCUCACAGCUUUCCCGCGAGAGGGAAGAGCAAGAGCGCAAGGAACUGCAGAGGAUGCUGAUGGGCGAGGAGAGCGAUCGUGACAACAAGGGCCGCAAGGAGCGGCGCAAAGGCUUGUCCAGCGCCUUAUCCACCAGCUCCCACAAGGAUGACGACACGUCCUCCGUCACCAGCUUGAACUCCUCGGCCACCGGGAAGCGACUGAAGAUCUAUCGCACCUUCAAGGAUGAGGACGGCAAAGAAUAUGUCCGCUGUGAGACAGUACGCAAGGCGUCAGUCAUCGACGCCUACCUCAGGAUCAGAACCACCAAGGAUGAUGAAUUCAUACGGAAGUUCGCCCUCUUCGAUGAGCAGCACAGAGAGGAGAUGAGGAAGGAGCGCCGGCGUAUUCAGGAGCAGCUGAGGAGGCUGAAGAGAAACCAAGAGAAAGACAAGAUCAAGGGACCCCCAGAGAAGAAGGCCAAGAAGGUCAAAGAGAGACCAGACCUCAAGCUAAAGUGCGGCGCAUGUGGAGCCAUCGGACACAUGAGGACCAACAAGUUCUGCCCGCUAUACUAUCAGACCAACGCCCCUCCUUCUAACCCAGUCGCCAUGACAGAGGAGCAAGAGGAGGAGCUGGAAAAAACGGUCAUCCACAAUGACAAUGAGGAACUGAUCAAGGUGGAGGGCACCAAGAUCGUGCUGGGCAAACAGCUCAUCGAGAGUGCUGAUGAGGUUCGCAGGAAGUCCUUAGUGCUCAAGUUCCCCAAGCAACAGCUCCCACCAAAGAAGAAGAGACGUGUAGGCAGCGCUGUGCACUGCGAUUACCUCAAUAAACCACACAAGGCCAUCCACCGCAGACGCACUGACCCCAUGGUGACCUUGUCUUCUGUGCUAGAGAGCAUCAUCAAUGACAUGCGGGAUCACCCCAACACGUAUCCCUUCCACACACCAGUCAAUGCCAAGGUGGUGAAGGACUACUAUAAGAUCAUCACGCGGCCCAUGGACCUGCAGACGCUGAGGGAGAAUGUACGGAAGCGAAUGUACCCAUCUCGGGAGGAGUUCCGCGAAGCAGUGGAAGUUAUCGUCAAAAACAGCGCCACCUACAAUGGUGCGAAACAUCCGAUAACACAAGUAGCACAGUCCAUGCUCGACCUGUGCGAUGCUAAAUUAAAAGAGAAAGAGGACAGGCUGGUGAGGCUGGAGAAAGCCAUCAACCCCUUGCUGGAUGACGAUGAUCAGGUGGCCUUCUCCUUCAUCCUUGACAACAUCGUGACCCAGAAGAUGAUGGUGGUGCCUGAUUCCUGGCCGUUUCACCAUCCUGUCAACAAAAAGUUUGUGCCCGAUUAUUAUAAGGUGAUCAUAAACCCCAUGGAUCUGGAGAGCAUCCGCAAGAACAUCUCGAAACACAAAUAUCAGAAUCGAGAUGCAUUCCUGUCAGACGUCAGUCACAUCCACACCAACAGUAUUAAGUACAAUGGUGCCGACAGUCCGUACACCAAGACAGCCCUGGAGAUUGUUAAUGUGUGCAAGCAAACCUUGGCAGAGUAUGACGAGCACCUGACCCAGCUGGAGAAGGACAUCUCGACUGCUAAAGAAGCAGCUCUUGAUGCAGCAGACUUGGAGUGUUUGGACCCAAUGACACCUGGACCGUACACACCGCAGCCUGCUGAUCUGUUUGACAGCGGUGCUUCAGGGAGUCUGCCCAGAGAGCCCAGCAGCCUGUUCUCUGAGGGACCUCUAGUGGUUGCUCCAGAGAAGAGAGGGGGGCAGGGUCGACACCUCAGAAGACCCGGGGAGGAAGAGUCAGAUGUGGAUAUUGAAGGCUUUGAGGAGGAGGAUGAUGGCAAACCCAAGACUCCUGCUCCUGCAGAGGACGCAGACGGAGAUCUAGAGGACGAUGAUGACGAAGAGGAGAUGUUGCUGCCGCUGCGCAGAAGGUUGCAUGACCAGGAGGAAGAGGAGGAGGAGGAAGAAGACGACGGAAGGUCGAACCGCCCGGCUCAGGCCAGCGUGCUCUACCAGGACCUGCUCAUGUCUGACGGAGAGGACGAUGCCAGCGAAGAAGAAGGCGACAACCCUUUCUCCUCCAUACACCUGUCAGAAAGCGGUAGCGACUCUGACAGAGAGGUGGAUGUGCGACCUGCGCCUCCACGGAGGGCUCAAGACACAGCUCGCAUGGGCAUGGAGCAGGACGAGAGCAUGAUGUCAUAUGAAGGCGACGGACCUGACGAGCCUCACAUGGAAGACAGCAAUGUCAGUUACGGCAGCUACGAGGAGACAGAGAGCCGGAGUCAGAUGCAGCCCUCUAGCAUGGGCAACGGAGAAGAGUACGGCAUCAGCGAGGAGGAGGAGGAAGAUGAAGAGGAUGAAGCUCGGAGGAGAGGCCCAGCUGUGCUCUCCCAGGUCCAGCUCAGUGAAGACGAAGAGAGCGAAGAGUUCAGAUCUAUAGGAGGAGACAGUGACAUGGACUCCGACAACUAGUUCUGCUGUCCAUUUUUUUUUAUAUAUGUUGAAUCAAGAAAAAGAAUGUUUAUAGUUGCGGAUUAAAAACUGAGAAAAUGAGAAAUCUCAGAAGAAUGUUUUGUACAUUAUUUUGUAAAUGAUGGUUAAUGUUAAUAGCUUCCUUCUUUACCUACGUUAGAGGGUAGAAGACGGCACAUUGUACAUUACAGUUUGCCUUUUAUAUGUUGAGUGAUUCUUGUGUUACCAUGAUGUAUCUUCAGAUGACUGUGUCCUCAGUUGUUCUGUGCUGAAUCGUUCAUAAAUGAUUCAUCGACUUUGUCGUUUUCUACCCAACUGACUCAUUAAAAGAGAAUUAAGCAUA